AUGAUGGAUGAAAAUAAUAAUAAUAAUAAUAAUAAUAAUAAUAAUAAUAAUAAUAUUAAUAAUAAUAAUAGUGGAUCAGAAGAAGGAGUUUAUACACCAGAAUCAACAAAUAGUGAUUAUAGUGUUUAUUCAUCAAUUGAUAGUACUACCGCUCAUUUAUUAGAUAAAAAUCAAAUACCAUUAUUAAGAGAUGUUGAAAUAGAAAAUAAAGAUGAUUUAUAUAAUUUAUUAGAAAUAUCUGGUAAUAAAGAACAAGAUGAAGUAUUUAUAAAGAAAUUUGGUUUAAAAUCAAUUGGAACAUUUGGAGGAAUUUGUUUAUUAAUUGGUAAUUGUACAGGACCUGGUAUGGUUAAUAUAAGUUAUGAAUUUCAACAAGGUGGUUGGAUAUUAACAUUUAUUGGAUAUUUAUUAAUGUUGAUUUUAAGUAGUUUGGCAGGUUUAUUCAUAAUUGAAUCAAUGUCAACAAUACCUGGAAAUAGUAAAUUCCAAUUAAGAGUAGAGUUUACAAUGAUAUGUAGAUUUUAUUUUGGAAAGUUUGGUUAUAUAUUAUCACAAAUUUUUAUAAAUGCUAGUUUAUUAAUUUCAAAUAUAGCUUCAAUUAUAAUUUGUGCACAAGUUAUGGAUAGUAUAAUAUUAUUUAUUUUUAAAAAAACAUGUGGAGUUUCAUUUACAAAUGGGUGGAUUUGCAUUGGUGAAGUAGAUAUCAUCACUGUUGAACAGUCUUCACCAUUCUCUGAAUACAUGUUUUUCACGUUGGGUUAUUUAUCGAUUAUAGCCAUUAUUGUACCAUUAGGAUUCUUAAAUUUAAAUGAUAAUAUAAUAAUUCAAGUAGCAUGUGUUGGUAUAAUGUUGGUGAUUGUUGGUAGCUGGAUUGUGAUUUUCAUUAUGUUGGGUUUGCAUGCGGAUAAUUUGCCACCCAUUGGCACAAUGGGCGGUAUUUCACAAAUUAUGGGUAAUUGUAUGUUCAAUUAUGCAUAUAUUACAACUAUACCAUCAUGGGUGAAUGAAUCAAAGCCAAGUGUGAAUGUGAAGAAAUCAAUAUGGAUAUCAUCAUCAAUUUCAACGGCGAUAUUCAUAUUGGUGGGGGUCUUAGGGGGGUUGGCAUUUGCAAAUAUGUCUACUGAAUCUGAUAUAUUAAGUUUAAUCAAUUCAAGUAAUCGUUCAAAUUUAUUUUCAAAAUUUACAGUUUAUUUAUUCCCUUUUAUAGUACUAGCAUCGAGUAUACCUGUAUUUAGUAUUAUUGUACGUUAUAAUUUAACUCAGAAUAGGUUAUUGUCACCUUGUUAUGCUAAUUUCAUAGCGAUAUUGUUACCCUGGAUUAUUGUAAUACCAUUUCAAACUGGAAGUUGGUUAAAUAAUAUUUCAAAUUAUUCAAGUUUAUUCUUUGGUUCAAUUGCGAAUUUUAUAAUACCAUUUGCAUUAUAUUUAAAAUCAAUUCAAUUUAAAAAUACAAAUCAUUCAAAUCUUUCUACUGAUCAAAAAUUAAUUUUAACUGAAAUAUCUUAUGAAACUGUUGAUUGGGAAGAAAAUAAUUAUAUUAUUACUCAUUUUAAAACUUUUUCAUUUUUCCCAGCAAAAUAUUCAAAAUUAAUAGCUCAAUUGUCUUUAUCAUUACUUUUUUAA